GACGUCAUUCACCUUCGCAGAGACUAUUUCUUCUGAAUUCACCUUCAAACACUCUCCACUCAACCACUACUUGAACGUUGUCUUUUUGUUAUUGCGUCCUGUGCCACAGUCGUUGCUUACUUUACCAUCAUCACUGUAACGUCAUUGCUCAGCACACGGUAUCGAUUGUUGAUUCUUUCUGAAUCAAAGAGUUCUUUUCGGUUUAUCACAGUCUUUACACUCUUCCAUAAUGUCAACUCCUCGUACCAAGCGCCAAUUUGCUGGUGCUUCGGCCGAUCCCUCUCAGCGCCAAAUCACCUCAUUCUUCAAUGCUAGAACCUCCGCUGAGUCUGCAGCUGCUGAAGCUGAAAAGCCUCUUCAGCCCGCUCUCCCCUCUACCGUCCAGGCAAACCUUCUCAGCGUCGGCAUGCGAGUCCGCAAGUCCGUCCCCGAAGGAUACAAGACGGUCGGUACCAGUGCUUUCAAGCUCUGGACGGACAAUGCUCCAGUAAACACCACCAAAAUCACCGCACGAGCCCCCGCCAAGGCUGCCUCUCGGGAACUUCUCCCUUUCUGCGGAAUCAACAGAGUUGGCGGUCUUGAUACGCAACCCGAGUUUGAACGAGAGGACGAUGUUCCGGAUAUCGACGCCAUUCCCGAGCUUACUAUGUCGCAAGACAGCAACGAGAGUGCUGAGUCAUACGAUGGAUCCCGCAAGCGGAUUUUUGAUGCGGAGGAAGAUGAGCUGGUUGAAAGCCGCUCCAUGGACGUCCAGAGCAACUCCCGAAUUAUGGCUAUUCCCGUGUCUCGAAAGGGUGCCGGUUUGAGGGGGUUCGUCUCCAACAACAACCAAAACUCAGGUUCAGAUUUCGAAGAGGCCGAUUUUCUUGUCAAUCCCGAAAUGGAUAUGACGAACUAAGCCAGCAAUUGCUGUGAUGUUUGACAGAGUUCUUGCACAUUGGCGUGUUAACUAUGCGUUAUGUUUGGGUAUUGCAACAUUGGUCGGCGUUCAGGUACAGAUAUAUCAAGGCUUCAGAGCGGUUGUAAAUUUAUUAGGUGUCAAAAAGACAUUGUAGCUCGCUGCAUGCUACGUGGAUUUAUACAUAAAGGUCAAGAAGACCUACAGUUAUUAUUACUGUCCCUC